AUGGCCGACGUCAAAGCGAACGCGGAGGCCCUGGUCCCCAAAUUCAAGCUUGACCGCAUUCUCAACCAAGACCAGGCCGGCCGCCGUACCUCGCUCUACGGACACAUCGACGAGCAGCCCGCGUUGCUCAUUCUCGAACGCGCCCCGUUCCCCGCCAAACCCGACUACCUCGUCGACGUGCCGGCCACGCUGGCCCGGCUGCAGAACCUGGGCGCGAAUGACAUUUAUCACUGGUACAUGGCGCGCAGCGGCGUGGAGAAGGGCACGCUGGCAGGCGACGACUUCGUCGCCGACCUCAAGAUUAAUCUCAUCUACCCGUGUACGGAAAAGCACAUCAAGAAGUAUAGCAAGCAGGGAGUGCGGUUCGUGACGGAGACACCGCAGAUUUACAAGGACAAGAUCCGGCCGUACAUGCUCAGCCAGCGGGAGCAGGGGCGGCUCAACUGGGUAUUCAACAUUAUCGAGGGCAGAAAGGAAGUGGAAGACGUUAUAUACAGGACCAAGUUGGGAGAAGCGGGCGAUGAGGGCUUCCUCCUCCUGCCCGACCUGAACUGGGACCGCAAGACUCUCGACGCCCUGCACUUACUGGCGCUCGUAGAGCGACGGGACAUCUGGUCGCUGCGGGACCUUCGAAAGAAGCACAUUCCCUGGCUGGAGCACAUGAAGGCCAAGCUCAUCGGGGCCACUGUCGAGACAUACCCUUCCAUUGAGCCCGACCAGCUCAAGCUGUACGUGCAUUACCAGCCGACGUACUACCACCUUCACAUCCAUAUCGUACAUGUUGCUCUCGAGGCCGGGGGGACGCAGGCGACAGGCAAGGCGGUGGGAUUAGAGAGCAUCAUCGAGACGCUUGGGGCGAUGGCCGGAGGCGACGAGGCGGGUAUGGACGGUAUCUCAAUGAGCUACACGCUAGGAGAGGCAAGCGAAAUUUGGACAGAAGUCUUCGAGCCGCUCAAGAGCGGUGGAGCUUCUCAAUAG